CGUUGUUGAUUUCACCCAUGAAGAACCACACUCAUGCUUGUCAAAUAGGAUUUUUCUUUUUACUCCUUUUUCCUUAUAUUAAUUAUUGUUAAUUGCCCUUCUAUUUCAAGAUUGAUGAAUAAUGCUUUCGAGAAGAACACCUGUUUCUGAUAGGAGUAAUGUUAGCUGAUAAGUGGAGGAUAUUGCUUUUGAGGAACUGCAAAUUUUCCGAGGGAAAAGUUUUAUGAAUGCACAGCCUGAGUCAACACUACUGUAUUUGGACUAUCAUUCUCAGUUCCUCUAAACAAAUUACUCCGUUUGCUAAUCUAUUCAUCUUACCUAGUAAUUGGCCGGAGCAAUGAACAUUUUCCUUCGUCUUUUAAUCUGGGCAGUAAGUACACUGUCCUCUGUUCAUCGUCUCAGUUUUAGCGAGAUAGAGUUGGGCUUUUUGGCUAUCGUCUUGGUCAUCUUGAUUGUUCCUUUUGGACCUUAACAAGUGGGCUUUUGUUUUCGUUGACCAAUUGAGCGAAACUCAGCGUUUCGCCCAAUCCAGAAUCAGCGGCUUGUUCCAAGAGCACCAAUUGGCGAUUGAAGCUUUUAGCCAUAGUCCAAAUUCUCCGACCAUUUUGUUAUUCUUCUUGUUGGCGCAUGUAUUCUUUAUCUAUGGGUUUUCGCUUUUAAGUUCUUAAUUAUUAUAAAAGUGGACCCUUCCGUCGUCAGCUUUUCCUUCCGCUUAGGCUCAAACGGCAUCUCAAUUUCAGGUUACUUGGAUAGAUUACAAAGCUAAUUCAGCAGUUUUUUAUGUCAGCUUGAGUUUCAGAAUAAUCUAAGCGUUCAAUGUAGUUGUCUCGGAAACUAGAUGGUGCCAAGGAGUUAGCUUUGGGUAAUGGUCUAAAUGUUGGCUUAUGUUGCUUCUGUGAGUCUUUCCCUUGGAUGUUUAUAGACAGAACUGAUCAUGAGUGAGAAGGAGGAUCACUCUGUUUCUCAAAAGAACAAAAUGAAGAUGCCAGAAAGACAUAAGCAUAUUCCAAGUAGAGAUGUCGUGCCUGGGAGUGAUCUUUGGACUGAUGGGCUUAUUUGUGCUUUUGAAUUUAUUCGAGGCCAUAAGAAACCAAUGAACUCAAAAUACAGUUCAAGGGUCCAAAGCAAACGAUUAGAUGAUGAAUCUUUAAAGGUGCAAAUGCCAGCCAAUGGACUAACUGAGGCUUCUUCUCCAAGACUGGAUGGACAGAAAAUAAUGAAGUCCUCUUCCAGUUGUGAAUUAAGGGAUAAUGUGGCUGCUUCUUUUGAUGAAUACAGAGAUGGCCCGAACCUCCAAUCUGGUCAGUUUCAUGCUAUGGAAAGAUUUGAUGGAAGUUGUUGGGUGCCUAUUGGGUGGGAAAGAAUAUCAGAACUUGUCAAAAAUGUGCAAGUCAAUGCAGGAUGGGCUUCACAGCAGUUUGAGUUGAUGGAUAACGAAGACGAUUUAACUGUUGCAGAGUUAGCAUCUCCCUAUUGGGAGCGCCCAGCAGGGCCAAUAUGGUGGUGCCAUUUGGCUGCUGGUCAUCCCUAUGUUGUGGCUUGGCUCAACAAUGCUCAAUGGUUACAUCCUGCAGUCAGUCUGGCUUUGAGAGAUGAAAGCAGACUGAUAAGCGAGCGGAUGAAGCACCUUCUAUAUGAGGUCCCGGUUAGGGUGGCUGGAGGGCUGUUAUUUGAGCUAUUGGGACAAUCAGCUGGGGAUCCAUUUGUUGAGGAAGAUGACAUCCCUGUUGUACUCCGGUCAUGGCAAGCACAAAACUUCCUCCUAACUGUACUGCACAUAAAAGGGAAUGUAUCUAGCGUAAAUGUUCUGGGAAUAACAGAAGUUCAGGAGCUUCUUGCUGCUGGAGGUCAUAAUGUGCCUAGAACAGUGCAUGAAGUCAUAGCAUAUCUAGCUUGCCGCCUUACACGGUGGGAUGACAGGUUGUUCCGUAAAUACAUCUUCGGUGCAGCAGAUGAGAUUGAAUUGAAGUUUAUGAACAGGAGAAACCAGGAGGAUAUGAAUCUUUUUGGAGUAAUUUUGAACCAAGAAAUCAGAAGAUUGUCAAGGCAGGUUAUCAGAGUGAAAUGGUCACUUCACGCAAGAGAGGAGAUUGUUUUUGAGCUUCUACAACAUUUGAGGGGGAAUGCGACAAGAACCCUGCUGGAGGGAAUAAGAAAGAGCACAAGGGAAAUGGUUGAGGAGCAAGAAGCAGUCCGUGGCCGUUUGUUUACAAUUCAAGAUGUUAUGCAAAGCACUGUUCGCGCAUGGUUGCAGGACAGAAGCCUUAGAGUAACUCAUAAUUUGGGUGUUUUUGGGGGUUGUGGUCUUGUUCUUACUAUCAUCACUGGGCUGUUUGGUAUCAAUGUUGAUGGGAUCCCUGGAGCACAGAAUACACCAUAUGCAUUUGGUUUGUUUACAGCCAUCCUCACCUUCAUAGGAAUUGUGCUGAUUGUGAUCGGCUUGCUUUGUCUGGGAUUAAAAAAGCCCGUGAAUGAAGAGAAGGUGCAAGCUAGGGUGCUAGAGUUACAAGAGUUGGUCAAAAUGUUCCAACAUGAGGCAGAAGCUCACGUCCAGGUUCGCAAAAGUACUAAUCGAAAUAACUUGACUCCAACUGCUGGAGAUGCAUUCCUUAAUGAUGCAGAUUAUGUGCUCAUCCAAUAAGACAAUAUGACCACUCAAGCUAUAUAAUGUGUACUAUUUGUUAGCAUCUGAAUUGCAGCCCAAGGGGAUAAAUUUUGUAGCACAGAUGUAUGAUUACAUCCACUAAGUAAUUAUUUUCAUAUGCUUUAUUUGUUGGAUGCAAUGGGGGUCAGAGACACUAGAGACAAUGGUCAUAAUGCCCCUAUGGUUGACCACCUUCAGAAUAAUUUUGUUUUUUUUUAA